AUGGAGUUUUUCAAUUCAGCUCUCGGCAAAAACAUCACCUUUGUGCGUCCUGCAUAUUUCAUAAUAAGUGGAUUUAUUGGCAUGCCUAAUAUCAAGUAUUACUAUGUCUUUCUCUUUUUAAUUUACCUUGUGUCAGUGCUGGGAAACACAGCUGUGAUGACUGUCAUAAUUUUGGAUCAUAAUCUGAGAACUCCAAAAUAUGUUGCUGUCUUUAACCUGGCAUUUGUGGACCUGAUUAGUAGCUCUGCUCUGGUGCCGAAGGUUCUUGACAUCUUUCUGUUUAACCACCACCACAUCCCCUACGACGACUGCUUGACGUUCCUUUUUUUCUGCUACACCUGCCUUUCAAUGCAGUCUCUUAAUCUGGUUGCACUGUCCUAUGACAGACUGGUGGCCAUCAUCUUUCCGCUGCACUAUCAAGUGAUGGUGACCCACAGGUUCAUGUUUACUUUGAUCGGCUCUUUCUGGCUGUUUGUCAUUACAAAUACACUCGUUGCAGUUGGCCUUCUCACAAGACUUUCUUUCUGUAAAUCUGUGGUUAUUAACAGCUAUUUCUGUGAUCAUGGCCCAAUAUACCGGCUUGGCUGUAAUGAUGUUACGCCCAGCCGUGCAGUUGGUGGUUUAUUGCCAAUUCUUAUUCUUUGGCUUCCACUAAUAUUUAUCUUGGCCAGUUACUGCUAUAUUGCUUAUGCUUUGUCAAAAAUUUCCACAGUUCAGGAAAGAGUGAAGGCCUUUAAAACCUGUUCAGGUCACCUGUCAUUAGUGGCAAUCUAUUUCCUCCCUACAAUAUUUGUAUAUGUUUUUGGGGGAACAAUACAUCCAAAUGCCAGGAUCAUAAACCUGUCUCUGACUGCUGUCAUCCCUCCAAUGUUUAACCCAAUCAUUUAUGUUUUUCAGACGCAAGAAAUCAAAGAAUCUUUGAAAAAGCUGUUUAAAAUCAAAGGCCAAUCCAGAGUCGCUGUAAAGCAUUUUUAG